GGCGAGUUUUUUUCGGAUGGCAGAAGGUGUAUAAUGUACUACAGUGUAGCACCUUUGUGCAGUGUGAGCAGGAUGUUUCAUCCUGCAGGGCUCUUAUAGAUAUAAGGACAUUCUACAUGGGAUCACGUGACAUAAUUACCACUAGAAUCAAUCAAGAUGAAUUGCACGUCAGCACACGUUCACGGUUUUUCCUUAGUUGAUGCUGUCCAAGCCCUCUUGAGCAAUAGAUGGAUCUUGUUCAAUGCAGUGAAAUCUCCUUGUUGCUUUCAAUCGCAAAAAGGGAGACAUGACUGAGUUUGAGAAUUGCAACAACAGUGCAUCCAAUAUGUAUCUGCCUGGCUGUGCUUACUAUGUGUCUCCAUCGGAUUUUUCAACCAAGUCCUCGUUUUUGUCUCAGUCCUCCUCCUGCCCAAUGACUUUUUCCUAUUCAUCCAAUUUAUCUCAUGUGCAACCUGUGAGGGAAGUGGCAUUCAGGGAGUAUGGAUUGGAACGCAGUAAGUGGCAGUACAGGGGCAGUUACCCCUCGUAUUACCCCAGUGAUGAUGUGAUGCACAGGGACCUCAUCCAGCCCUCGAACAGGAGAUCGGAUAUGUUAUUCAAGUCGGAUUCAGUCUGCAAUCACCAUGGAUCUUCCACUACUCCCUCUAACUUCUACAGCACAGUGGGAAGGAAUGGGAUCCUUCCACAGGGCUUUGACCAGUUUUAUGAUACGACCCAAGCAUCAACAUACCAGAUGGAAGUGGAGGAUCAGUCGACAAAAUCUGAGCUGAAAACUACAAACCCCGCCAGUAAAACCAUUUCUUCCCAGGACAAGAAAGUGACAAACGAAAAUAGCCCCGACUCGUCCCCUUCUGGGGAGGUAGCAACAGAGAAGAGCAACAGCUCAGCUUCCCAACGACUUAGGAAAAAAAGAUGCCCCUACAGCAAGUAUCAAAUCAGAGAGCUGGAGCGGGAGUUUUUCUUCAAUGUAUACAUCAACAAGGAGAAGAGGUUACAACUGUCCAGGAUGCUGAACCUCACUGACCGCCAAGUGAAAAUCUGGUUCCAGAACCGAAGGAUGAAAGAAAAGAAACUCAAUAGGGAUCGACUUCAGUAUUUUACCGGAAACCCUCUGUUUUGAAAUGGGACUGCACACAAGGAUAACUACUUUAAAUUUAUUUGGAACUUGAAAUAUCUUGAGAGGAUUUCCAAAUCUCUGGAGGAUGCCUUCUUGGUAAGGAAAGGCUCUUGAAAACGUCACUUACUGAUUACAGCCAAUGGUGUGUUUUUUCCUCAAUCUAUAACACUGAUUAUACAGUAUUAGACUGACUUAAACAUGUAGGAUUGACUUUCACGUACAGUGACUAUUAUGACUACAGUAAACCUUUACGUAAAAUAUGAAAUAACUAAGUGAAUUUAACGUUUCAAUAUAUAUAUAUAUAUAUAUAUAUAUAUAUAUAUAUAUGUAUGUGUGUGUAUAUACAUACAUAUAGUGUUUUGUUUAUGCACGAAAAUUGUUCUCUCGUGACAACGUGUUUAUAGUAAAAUGGCGUUAUCUUGGAUCAAUUGCAUGAGAUUCGAUGUCUGAAAGAUCGUUUGGUAUCUAUGUCAGGCAUAUAUUGCAUUAUAUAACCCCUUUAUGUAUAUAUUUAUUAAUUUUCAAUAUUAUUUUUUACCAACGCAAACACAUUUUGUAUGAAUUUACAGUUCAAGCUGUUAAACUAUCCAUGGAAAUAUGUCGAUUUUGAAAAAUGAUAGUUGGAUAUAGCAGAAAAUAAAAUACAUAUAAAAGUGAGAGAAUUAAUUAGGUGCUUAAAUAUCAAAUUCUAAACCAAAAUGUAUAGAAUAGGUAUCUGCCAAUGCAUUUAAGCCUUCUUCCUACAUAAAAACUAUUUUAAAAGCAAUUUUGAUGGAACAAAAUGACAUUUGGUGUUUUAGAUUCCCCUCUGCUUUUGUAGGAUCAAAAGUGACGGAUCUGGGAAAUCUGUUUAUUUUGUUGCCUGAAGAAUUUGGUUGAAUUUUUUCCUCCUUUACUCUUUAUAUGCGUGACCUACUGGGCUGUUUACAAAACCUUGAACUGUCUAGACAACACAAUAAAAACAGUGGUUGUAAGGACCAUAA